AUGCUAGUUGUUUUUUGUAUUGACACAGGUGAUCUCGGGUUGACCCCUGAUGAGAUCAUAAGGGUCUGUAACCUUAGCCAAAUAGAGGGUGUUAAGGAAGACAUUGCAACUCCCUCAAAGAAGAGAAGGAAAAGAACCCAGAAGUCACCUCUAUCUCCUCCCUCGAACCCUUUGACAAGCAAAGAGAGAUUUACAGUCGCUGAGCUGGAGAUGUCGUUCACGCUGGCCAUGUUGAGGGGACAGUUCUUCGAGGUUGAGAAUGAGAGGGACGAGAUGAGGGAAGAGAAUGCACGACUGAAGGAAGAGAUCAAGGCAUUAAAAAUAAGAAACCUAGGAUCUUGA